UAGAGAGUGACUAGUCCGUGGAGACGGACAAUCUCUCGCGGAGGUUGGCUGAAUUCGCGCAAGGUGUAUUUUCGUGUUGGAUAAGUGCUAGGCACACUGUCGCAGCGCGCUGGAUAUCACACGCCUCGCUAACGAGUGAUGAAAACCACGCACCGCAGUUAAAGCCGCGCCAGCCUCCACGUGAAUCGCCGCGCACGAUCGCGAACGGUGCGCUCACCCGCUGGUACUUCCGGAAAAAAUACGGCGCCUCGCAGAAAUACGAGAUCAUGGCGGUGCCCAACACCGGUGUAGUCGUGCCCCGAAACUUUCGUCUCUUGGAAGAGUUAGAGCAAGGUCAGAAAGGUGUGGGUGAUGGUACCAUCAGUUGGGGCCUGGAAAACGAUGAUGAUAUGACCCUCACGCAUUGGACUGGUAUGAUAAUUGGACCGCCUAGGACACCUUAUGAAAAUAGAAUGUAUAGUUUAAAAAUUGACUGCGGUCAAAGAUAUCCAGACGAUGCCCCUAAUGUUAGAUUUUUAAGUCGAAUCAAUAUGAAUUGCAUCAACAGUGCUACUGGAGCUGUGGAUAAUCGCAGUGUACCAGUUCUCGCAAAGUGGCAGCGAGAAUACACAAUUAAGACAGUUCUUCAGGAGCUUCGUCGUUUGAUGACGUUGAAGGAAAACAUGAAACUCUCUCAGCCUCCGGAGGGCAGCACUUUUUAGCCUAACCAUAUGAACAGAGACAUCUUCCUUUUUGCAAUAGCAUGAAGCGAGAUUUAAUUAAAGGUACCAAAUAAUAUUAAAUGGGUGCCCGCUGAAGAUGUAUGUUGAAAAAACAAAAAAAAACAGCUUUGUGAGAAAGGAGGGAAGUAAUAGCUUGGAAAGUUGAAUGAGUGUACUAAGUUUAUGUAUAGGCUAGAUAGAGAAAUUGAGACAGUUUUGUUUGUCUAAACAAAACUGAUUCAUCGGAAUUUUUCAAUGAAAAAAAAAAUGUAGCGUUCCCUUCGGACACUUCUCGAUACUACGUUUUGCAUGUACGUUAAUAUAUUUACGCACGCGCAUAAGCGCAUAAGCGGCGUGUAAAUCGUUUUAAGAAAACUUCGCUCCAGCUUUUCAAGCUAGUACGAUGUAAAGCAAAAAAAUCAUAUUUUGAAUCAUAAAACUCGAAACAGACUGUAAGAAAACGAGGUAAUCGGUAAGAAUAACUUAUGCCUUCAAAGUUUUUUAAACGAGAGAAGGGUAACGCCUGUGUAUUGUGAACCGUUUUAAGACUUUUCCGUUUGCGCGUAAGUGCCAUUUCAUCUCUUGCGGAGGUGUCUCACUCUCUCUCAGUGCUGUUGUAGAACAAAACAAAUAGAAAACAAAAAUUAUAAAUUCCGGACUGUAAAUCCGUACACCCAUUUUAUGUUUCUAUGCUGCGUACUGUUUCAAAUCGUGUGAAUACAACCAGCGAUCUUUUACCAAGGCAGGUACACGUGUACACGUUGCGCGCAUUCGGUUGAGAAAUUCAAUCCCAAAAACGGCCUGUCGCAUUAUACGAUUUGUUUCAAUUGAUGAAAAUGAAAAAUGUCACUUUGUACCCGAAGGAUAAGUGACAAUUUGAUUUAUAAUAAUCCCGUAUGACGAAUGUGGUAUAUAACGCUGCAUGGUGAGGUACAUCAAUAUAUGAAGCAUCGUGGAUGAACAACUUUUAGUUGCUGUGUUGAACAUACGUAUAAGCCGAAAGUAUAGUACCCGCGUGUACUUUAAAAUACAAAAGAGUUACUGUACGGACAAUGCUCAUGUUCGAUCCAAGCUUUAUAUAAUUGAUGUAUCAUUAUUUUUUAUUAUUAUAAUUAUUGUAUAAUUAUUAAAAAAAAGUCAUACUUAAUUCUUAACAUACCGUGUAAAGUAUACAAGCUGCGUAUUAAUUGUUACAAAAAGAUCAAGUUUAUCUCACUCCUUAGUGCAAUUAUAAUGGUGAAUUAUUCGGACCAUAUUAUUGCUGAAAGUGAUAUCGAGCUAUAUGCAGCCUAUUAAUGAUUUCCGAUAUAAAACGACGUGUUUGUUACGUUCGCCCCACGCCCACACAUACACACAUACAUACACACACAACACAGCAAGAGAAUAAUUAUAAGUUAUUUCAACGUCAUUUGGGAAUUGUGUCAUUCAGUUGAUCAAGAAAGGAUGUCUUUAGACUAAAGUCAGUUCUACCAAAGUAGAUUUCGGAGUAUCUCCACGUUUAUUGUUUAAUGUAAAAAGAAAUUGUUCGAUUACCCGAAAUAGAAUAUACAUACCUCUUUGUCAGCUUUGCAUUUCAGUAUUACACUAUGAGUAAUGUAAUAGUGUAAUUUAAAUCAUCCUAUUGAGAAAGAACAAGUUAUAAUUCCAUGUGGACGAAAUCAAGCUUAAGGAGAAUAAAUGAUUUCCUUAGAAA